AGUAAAUUCUCGUUCUGGAGCUGCAGAAUCGAAUGAUUUUCAAAAUCGAAGACUUUUUUUUAUUUUCCAAAGUGAUUUUAGUUUAUUUCAUCAUCAUUUGAGUGUGUGGAAGGGUUUAGAAUAGAGAUACAUUUGUAAGGAUUGCAGACCCGUGGGAGAUCAUGUCUAAGGCCCAUCUCAGUGCGAAAAUAGGACCUUCCAUCCUAAACGCUGAUUUAUCACAACUCCACGAUGAAUCGCAGAAAUUGCUGGAUAACGGAGCUGAUUACCUGCAUUUGGACGUCAUGGAUGGACACUUCGUACCUAAUCUGACGUUUGGACAUCCCUUGGUCAAGUGCUUGAGGGGCAAAAUCAAGGAUGCCUUCUUCGAGACGCAUAUGAUGGUGUCAAAGCCAGAUCAGUGGAUUGAACCGAUGGCUGAUGCUGGAGUUGAUCAGUACACAUUCCACGUUGAACCUGUUGAAGACGUUCCUCUGGUCUGCAGGAAGGUCAGGGAAGCUGGUAUGAAGGUGGGGGUCGCCUUGAAGCCGGGAACUCCAGUGGAUGUCGUCGCUAAUUAUGUGGACCAGGCUGACAUGGUCCUCGUGAUGACUGUGGAGCCAGGCUUCGGGGGCCAGAAGUUCAUGGAGAAUAUGAUGGAGAAGGUCUCCUGGCUCAGGAAGAAUUAUCCUGGUCUUGAUAUUGAGGUCGAUGGGGGGGUGGGGCCAAAUACCAUCGAUGCAUGUGCCAAAGCUGGAGCCAAUUGGAUUGUCUCAGGAACUGCAGUAAUUUGUGCCCCAGAACCAGCAAAGGUCAUAAAAACCCUGAGAAAUACAGUCAAUUCUUACCUGGGGACCAACUAAAAUCACCUCCACCACCAAAAAAUUAUGAAAUGUUAAAAAAAAGAGCAGACAGGAUCUCUCAGAAUAAAAAUAAGGUUUAUUAUUCUCGUA